AUGGCUGAAAAUGAAAUGGUGGUCAGUUCCGCACACCAAUACAAAAACAGCGGAACACCUUUAGUACCAUUUGAACACGCUCAGUACUUCAUGAUAGCUUUGACAAAUCCCACAGUACCUAAUACGUCAUUUAGUAAAGUUUCUCCAUUUUUGAUACAUAAGGCUCUUCUUUCUCUUCUAGGAGAAGUAGCCUCAGUUAAAAAAUUACGUUCAGGUGACUUGUUAGUUCAAGUCUCAUCCGAGAAACAAGCUACUACACUGUCUACUUGUACAAACAUAUGCUCGUUCUCUGUUAAUAUUACUCCUCAUAGAACUUUAAACACCUCACGAGGCGUUAUAUCACAGUCUGAAUUUAUCAAUGAUACCGAAGAAAAUAUUGUAGAGGAAUUGCGUGACCAACACGUUAUUGCUGUUCGAAGAAUAAAGAUUCGUCGAGAUGGUCAACUUAUCCCGACAAAACAUCUCAUUCUUACCUUUGCUACUCCAAACUUACCAUCUGCCGUCAAGCUUGCCUGGUAUAACUGCCCGGUUAGACCAUAUGUGCCAAACCCUUUGAGAUGCUUCCAAUGUCAAAGGUUUGGACAUUCAAAGGCAUCUUGUCGAAGCAAGCCCAUCUGUGCCCGCUGUUCUAGCAGUGACCAUGCUGAUACAACCUGUGAGUUACCGCCCCAUUGCGUCAACUGCAAUGGUGACCACGCGGCCUACUCCAGGAAUUGUACAAAAUGGUCACAGGAAAAGGAAAUUCAGUCCGUCAAAGUUUUGCAGAAUGUGACUUUCAAUGAGGCACGCCGAAUAGUAACCGCCCGAACCCCACGUCCAGGCGUGUCCUAUUCUGCGGCUAUAAAGGUAACCAAAUGCUCUGUCAGUACGCAAACGAACCUUCCACCUUUGCCUUCUACAUCUCAUCAGGUUAAAAAUACUGCUCAAAAAUCGAAAUUUAACUUUAAUGCACCAUCAAACAGAACAACAUCUCCUCCUCCUAAAAAAACUUCUAAAAUUGACAACUCAGAAAAAACCUCACCUUUCCCCAAGCAGCUCAUAUCAACAAAAAUACCCCUAAGUAAAAAACCUGGCAUAUCUCGGAAGAAGAAAGAUCCUAAGUACAAUCAGUACGUCAACCAAUCAACUUCUGGUGCUCCGAAGAAGAUGGAUCUUGACGUAGAAUUGUCCCUUCACCCUUCCGACGAUGAAUUCAUACUUGACUGA